AUGUCCGAUGUUGUUGAAAACGAACAACAAUAUGAAGAGGAAACAGAAUUUCAAUCUGUAAUUGAGGAAAAUUUCUUCAACUACCUCAAAGAAUUGGAUGAACGAGUGUGGCAGAGGCUGUUCCAAGUAAAAGCAUGCCUUUUAGCACUAUUCAGAAGCCUGGGAGAGCUGGAAAAACUCAUAAUAUAUAGGCUGUUGUAUAUAAAUCAGGCGGUGAGCGAGAGAGCGUUGAGGCUGUGGAUGUGCUCACACUCAAUAUCGGAUCUUAAGAACGCAUUCACGCUCCUCCAGUCGUAUAAGAUCAUUCAGGCGUCGGAAACGACGACCAAGGAGGGAAAGCAGCAGUUCAGAUUGCACCCGGACUUUAAAAAUGGAUUGAUAAGUCUGCUCUCAAACGACGAAAACUAUAAAUACUCGUCAGACCUGGUAAUGCUGGACUCACUGAGUAACCAGAACACAUCGGAAAAUGUGAACGGAUCGCAAGCUGCUGAAGAAAGAUACACCUCGUUGACAGAUCAGGGGACAUCGCAGGAAAGUCCGCCACGUAAAACGAAGGCGCCCCCGAAGGUCGAAGACCUGAUAAAGCACGCGAAGCUUAAGCUGGACUUCAUACUUCUUUUUUUAGUAUCACCUGAUUCAAGGAAGGGGACGAUGAAAGUUAAUAAAAUAUCAAGGAAAAUCAGAAGACUGAAGAAGCAGACGACGGAAACGAACGACCUGUCGAAGAAGAUAGAAAACCUGGAAAAAAAGUUCAACAGGCUCUCGAAAAAUGCAGGAGUAAUCAAUCCGCCGAAGAAGGGAGCAAAGAACUCAAAAACAGGAGAGACGAAAAUGAGUAGGCAGACGCUGAGUUGGUUGCUGAAGGACGUGACGAGUCAGAUGACGUCACUGCUGGUGGGAUACGUGCAGAACAUAGACAACGGAUGCCUGACAAACAUAGCACCAAUUAACAGAAACACGGAGGACUCGGAGAAGUCGUCAGUGGAGUUGAAGGAGGUGGCACUGAAGGCAGUAACGGAGUCAGUGGAGCUGCUGCUGGCACUAUCGCAGUCGAAGUGUGGAGACUGCUUCUCCACGGAAAACUUGACGAAGACACAGAUGAGGCUGGUGAGGCUGUUGAACGAGCUGGGAAUAGUCUACUACAAAAACGCAAACAGGUUCUACAUAUACGACCUGUCAUACAUUAUCGGAAAGUCAAACAUAAACGUGGACCUCUUCAAGGAGUUCGACGUAAACAAAACGGCGGGAAACGAAAGCAGGAUCAUCGUGCAGAGUAACUUCAAGGUGUACGUGUACACAGCGAGUCCGCUGCAAAUCAGCGUGCUGAGUCACCUGUGUGAGCUGCAGGCGAGGACGCCGAACCUGGUGGUGGGCGUGCUGACGAGAGAGAGCGUGCAGUCAGCCUUCAAGUCAGGAAUAACGUCAAACGAGAUCAUAAGGUUCCUGUCGCCGAUGAAGCUGAGUCUGAGCUACGCAGGGACCUGCAACAGCUUCAUGGACUCGUUCGCAAACUACAAGAUACCGGAGAACGUGUGCAGGCAGCUGAAGAUGUGGGAGUCGGAAAGAGACAGAAUAGAGCUGAGUCCAGCGAUCCUGUUUAAGAGGUGGGACGCAGAUUUUAUGCCAGAGCUCUUCCAGAGAACAGUGAGGUGGGCGCAGAGCAAGAGGUACGACCUGUUCUUCACGCAGUGGCCGUCGGACCCGCACUCGCAGGAGUUCGCGGAGUGGAUGAGCAAGGAAAAGUACCUGGCGUGCAAGCUGGAGCUCAAGGAGGAGAUAAUUAACCAGAUCAGACUGAUAAGAACGGAUAUAUCGAACGAAAGAAACAAAAAGGAAGAGAGUAGCAUUGUGAAUGGAAAAACAACUACAUUGAAUAAAAGGGUAAUUAAAGCGAACGGUAGUUAA